AUGUCUUCAAUUCUCCGCCAGAUCGUCGCUGGUCCGCGACUGCAGCACCCGGAAGCUGGUCUAGAUCUAUGCUACGUGACCAACAACGUCAUCGCAACCUCAGGACCCUCCGGAACCUAUCCGCAGCGCGCAUACCGCAACCCACUCGACUCGCUAGUCUCCUUCCUCGACUCAAAACAUGGCAAGAAUUGGUGUAUCUGGGAGUUCCGCGCCGAAGGCACCGGCUACCCUGACGAGGAGGUGUAUGAUCGGAUUCACCAUUUCCCGUGGCCGGAUCACCAUCCGCCGCCGUUUGCGCUGAUUCCCAAUAUUAUGGGAAGCAUGCGGAACUGGUUACAUAGGCUGGAUGAGAAGGAAGGUGACGAGCCUGGUGAGCGGGUUGCUGUUGUGCAUUGCAAGGCUGGGAAGGGGCGGAGUGGGACCGUGGCGACGGGAUAUCUCAUUAGUCAGGAGGGGUGGAAGAAAGAGGAUGCGCUGAACCGGUUUACCGAGAGGAGGAUGCGCGUGGGAUUUGGGAAUGGGGUUAGCAUUCCUAGUCAGAUGCGGUACGUUGGGUAUAUUGAUCGGUGGACGAAUGAGCUGGGCAAAGAGUAUGUGGAGCGACCGGUUGAGAUCCUCGAGGUGCAUAUCUGGGGGUUGAGAGAGGGAGUCAAGGUUGCUGUGCAAGGCUUUGCCGAGCAAGGCAAGAAGAUCAAGGGAAUCCAUCUAUUCCACCGCAGCGAGCGGACUGUUGUUGCUGAAGGAAGCCCAGUCAAGAAACUUGGCAACAGCAGCAAAGAAAAGCUGGAUCAUUCGGCCGUCCAAUCGUCUGCAACAUGGUCGCCCGCUCAAUCUGAAGAUUCAACAACGCCAUCUGCAUCGGUAUCUGAUCUGACGCGCCGAUCAACCGUCUCCCCAGCCCGCAACCUAUCUGCUGUGAUGUUCCGCCCCGCCAAACCCCUUAUUGUGCCAGGAUCAGACGUGAACAUCGACUUCGAGAGACGCAGCAAAGCCGCAUACACAGGAUUCGCAAUGGUAACCUCUGUUGCGCACGUCUGGUUCAACGCCUACUUCGAAGGCGGCAAAGACCACGACUCGGGAAUUUUCGAGAUUGAAUGGGACGCAAUGGAUGGUCUCAAAGGUAGUGCGAGGAAGGGCACGCGCGCAUUCGAGCGUGUCAAGGUCGUAUGGCGGUACCCGUUAUCACCAUCCGAUUCCCAGAAGAAAGAAGAUGAAGCCAAUGUUACAGCCGGCAAACCAAUUAACGAACCGAAACCAGGCGAGCCUAUCCCCGAAAGUGAUCCCGCAGAUUGGCGACAGGCAGAUGCAAUCCAGGAUUCAGCCGCUCAAGAUAGUAAUUCUGAACUCGGGGAAGAGAACAAACCUGCUAAGCACAAACAAGCCAAGCAUGCAUCGACAGGAAGUAAACUACUAGCUGUUGGCGCGGGGUCGUUACAUGAGCUUGAAAAGUCGUUGGGACUGCGCAAGCAGACUGAUGAAAGCAAAGAUGUGAGCCUGGCUGAGAGUGAUGAUGAGGCACGCUCUACUCGGUCGACAACUGAGGACGAGAGAAAGCGGCAGGAAGGAGAUAAGGAUCUGGAGGGUGUCAAAUCCCACUUUGAGAAAAAUGCAAGAAGUGGCCCUGAGGAUGGAGGAAAGCCAACAUAG